AUGAUCACAACUCCACUAGCUCCAUCUCAAUCAAUCAACGAAUCAACAACAUCUCACUUAAGCAUAAAGAAGAAUCCUACAGCUUCUAUCUCAUCCGAUAAUUCAAAUCUCUCAAAUAUAACACCAAAGAAACGAGUUGCAUCUAGUGAUAAGAAAUUAGAUAAGAAACAAGCUGAUAAAAAAAGAAGUUUUAAAAAAUUUAAUUAA